AUGGAUCCGUCCGACGUCCCCCCACCCCCCUAUUCUGAGAGAGACAGACAACACCACCACAACAACGACAACAGUCGACCAGCCACUUCCACAGGCCAUCUUUCGCCUUGGUCGGCUGUUCCAUCUUCUCUCCCGGUUUACCCUUCUCCCCCCAUAACGCCUAGCAUCGACGCUUCCGACGUCACCAUCACGAACAACAACGGCUUCGACCCUCCGUCCUUGUCCUCUUCUUCUGCCCGCGCCUAUUUCGAAUCUCGUCCACUGCCCCCCGGAUUCUACCGGGAAGUUCAUAUAACCCACACCAUCAGCGUAUCCGCCGCCUCAUCCCCGGAUCAGCUUCCCUAUAAUCCCGAUUUUGGGGUGCAUGACGUUACGCCCCAGGACUGGCAUACCUUCUUGAAUUUUCUCCUACCACACCACGCGACCCUCAGAAAUGAAGCCAUCAUAGACCGCAAACUCCUUGCCGAGGAGCCGAGCGCCGCCGCAGGCUCCUCUUUGACACCACACGGCCGGUCGUCUUCAUCACAAGGGAGGAACCAGGCCUCUGCACACCUGGAGAGGCUUCGUCUCGAAUCAACCGACAUCCACGCACUGACACCGUCAGCCACCGUGAAACAGGAAGCAGAGGCCGUUACAUUUGCGUGGAAUCACGGCUUCUUCCAGCCUCGCGCAAUCUGGGUGCGCCUCGUAUUUGAAUCAUCGCUCGAGGGCCGUCAAGCCCAAGACUCAGAUAUCCGGGACAGGAGCCACCUACAGACACCACAAUAUCAGCCGCCGUUCGGUCUCUCGGCGCCCAUGCAACCACCAAUUUUCCACCCACCCAUGGUUUUCCACGCUCAGCCUUAUGGCGCCUGGCAUAAAGAGCAGGGGGAGAAUGGCUUCAGUUUUGCCGGUAUCAACAUACGGGACGAUGGCUUCUCCAUCGGAAACACCGUAGUGGCCGACAGAAAUGGCAUCCGGGUGGGUGGCCUUAUAGCUGAUGUACAUGGUGUCAGGUAUCUCGACAACGUCAUCGCCGGCCGCGCCCCAUUUCCUGCAGACCCCAACCCGGGGCCGUAUCUUCACACCCGGGGUCGACCGCCGGCUCUCGGCAGCCUGCCAGACCUCCAACCGCAUCAGAUGACAAAUGAGGAGGUCCGCCGUCUCAAUGCUGAGUUACGCAAAGCGAAGGACCAGAAAGCCGACUUUAUUGCGGAAGGCGUGGACAAAAAGGCCCUUCGUGUGGAGGUCAAAGGACUUCUCUUGGCAUGGAAGACUGUCGAGCGGACGCAGCGAAUCGUGAAGAGAACGGAGAAAAGGGCGCGAAAGAAGGUAGCGAGGAAAGAGCGGCAAGAACGGAAGAGGGAGCUGAGGAGGGUCAAGGAGAAUCAGGCACGGGAGGGCAGUCGGAACGCUUGGCGAAACCCGGCUAUACCGCCACCGGGGAUGGGAACGGGCGUGGCGGGACCGGCAGGCCCACGUCCCCCUCACGGCCCCAGCAUCCACGUGUCUCCUCCUCUCCACGGAUUUCCACACGGUCCCUGGGUUGUGCAUUCCGCCCCAACAACGCCGUUCGGUGUUCCUCCCGGCCACGGAGCCGAGGGGAUCGGUCCCCAGCAACGCCACUUCCCACCCUUCCCGCCACCAGGCGGUUGGCCAGCGGAAGAACGACGAGCUCAGGCCGGAGUCCCGGGAUAUUCCCAGGCACAGAGCGAAAGGGUGUGGACGGUGGUGACCGGCCGACCACAGAAAUAUGGAGCUCGGCCGAGAGGCUCGAAGCGGAGGUGGAGGAACUGA